AGUGAAUAAAACCAAAAGCAUUUCCUUAAAAAUCACAGGUUUUCUGCUGUAAUUGAGAACAACACCCACCACACACCUGUACAUUUGCUGCAGAGCUGACCAGAAAUAUUAACCUUUCACAAACACAUUUUAAAUGCUCUGUGUAAAAUGCAUAUGAAAGCGCUGCGGUUUUUUAUUUAAAACACGUUUGCUUUGGCUGCGACACACCAAUUCUUGGACGUUUACUGCUUAAUUUAGUAUAUGCAACGCAGAUACCCGUUACCCCGUGAAGUAAGUUUUAUAACCCCGUUUUUAUCUCCUUUUCUCCCGGGGGCCGGCACAGGAGCUCACCCCCCGCCCGCCCGCUAAGAUGGCGGAGGCGCAGCGCAGAAAGCCGGAGGGCUCCGCCAUGUUGCGGAGCGGCGCGGAGAUUUAAAAAUGUCUGACCAGAAAAUUAUUGUACACAGAGCCCGUUGUAUCGAAAAGCUACUCUCUGGAAACAAUUUCCAAGAUAUUGAGGAUCAUCUUAAAGAGCUUGAAGAUGUUGAUAUGACUAUCGAAUAUCUUCAGGGGACAGAAGUUACCAAGGCUGUAUACAGAGUACUCAAGAGCUGCCCUUCAGUAGAGUUGAAGAAGAAAGCAAAGCAGCUAUUGUCGAAGUGGAAGGCACUUUACAAGAAUAACUGUGUUCAGUCAGUGCAAGUUAAGAAGUCAGUUUCUGGAAAUGUGAAAGAGGAACUUGAACAUCUCAGUGUGACUCCUGGAGAACAGUUGCUGUCUGAAGGACCAAGUCAGCAGGAAGUAUUAGAUGCUGCCCCUUCUCAAGUUUUGGUCCCAUCACAAUCUGUUAAAAAUGUGGUAUGCAGUCAGCCAGAAGGUAGCUUGGAACAGCUCUCCCCUUUUGAGGACCAAUGUAUUGAUAACAGAGAUUCUAAACCUCUUGUUAAUGAAGUAAGCUUGCAGCAGGAUCACGUGAGAGCUCUGAGGUGUAAAUGUGCAGAUCUUCUUUAUAAAGCUAUGAGUGAUUCUGCCAAAGACAAAGAAGAAACUGAUAAAUGGCUAGAGCUAUCUAAAGAAAUCGAAGAACAUAUUUUUGCUCUUCAUUCUAAAAAUGACAGGAAGUAUAAAAAUUGCAUCAGAAGUAAAAUCUCUAACCUGAAGAACCCUAAAAGUAGCCACUUAAAAUGUAACCUUUUUUCAGGGACUUUGAGUCCAAAGGCUUUUGCUGAGAUGACAGUGAUGGAAAUGGCCAGUGAUGAACUGAAACAGCUCAGGGCCCUGUACACAGAGUCAUCUGUGCAGGAACAUCAGCUUCCACACGUUAUUAACGGCACUCAGACAAACAAAAUAAAGUGUAGGCGCUGUGAAAAAUUUGAUUGUACUGUCACUAUGAUUGCCAGAGGAACUCUCUUUCUUCCAGGUUGGGUGCGAAACACAAAUCCAGAUGAACAAAUGUUGACUUACGUUAUUUGUAAUGAAUGUGGAGAACAAUGGUAUCACAGCAGAUGGAUUUGUUUGUAAUGCUGUCCUGUCCUGUGGUGGUUUUACUCGGGUGGGCAGCUGAGUUUGUAGAGCAGGCCCUGGGCCAGAGCUGCAGCCUGUGGAGAGGAGCCCACGCAGGAGCAGGGGGUCUGGGGGGAGCUGUUGCCCGUGGGGGAUCCAGGUUGGAGCAGUUUGCUCCUGAGGGAUGGACCCCGUGGUACGGACCCAUAUCUGGAGCAGUUCUUGAAGAGCUGCUGCCUGUGGGCAGCCCACGCUGGAUCAGUUCGGCAAGGGCUGCAUCCCGUGGGAGGGACCCCACAGCACAGGGAGGGACCGUGAAGGAGCGGCGGAGAAGAAGCGCUAUAGACUGACCAUAACCCCCAUUUCCCCCUUCCCCUGUGCCGCUCAGGGGGAGGAGGUGGAAGAGGGCAGAUGGGGGAAGUCGUUUUUGGUUUCUUUCCUUUGUUUCUCACUUCUCUAGCUUGUUACUAAUUGGCAAUAAAUCUUACUACUGUCUCCCUACUCUGAGUCUGUUUUGCCCGUUACAAUAAUUGUUGAUCCCUGUCCUUAUCUCAAACCUUGAGCUCCUUGUGUCAUAUUUUCUCCCCCUUCCUCUUUGAGGAGGGGGAGUGAAAGAGGUGCAACUCAGCUGCCCACCCGAGUAAAACCUCUACAUAUCACUCUUCAAGAAGUAGUUGAGAAAUGUAUAUAAGAGAAGGUGUCUCUUGAAACCGCAUAAUUUAAGAUUUUAUGUUGACACUGUAGUUGCAAUUAAAAAUUGCAAAAAAAGGUUUUAUAAAAAUUGCUGUUAUUUUUGAAGAUGAUCUGAACAAAUGUGUUUUUUUUAUAAGUAGAAGUAUGUAGUUUUGUAUAUGUAGAAGUAUGUAUUUUGGUGUGUUUAAAAAAUCUAUUAAAAUCUAUUAAAAAUGGUUAAAAUAUUAAAAUGGUUAAAAUAUUAAAAUUAAAUUAAAAUAAUAAAUUA